AUGGAUCCCGUUGAUGUUGCCGCUGAGGAAGAGCGCAAGAAGUCGCUAUACAAAAAUCGAUGGCGCCAUGUCCUGGAUAACCCGAAGCUGCUGUUGAUUGCCUUUUUCGCAUCGUUGGGAGGGUUUGAGUACGGUUAUCAGCAAGGAGUGCUUGGCCAGUCGCUAGUGAUGUAUCGGUUCAACGACAACUUCCCAUCUGUGGUCAACUCAACCAGCGCUACCGGUUGGCUGACUUCUGUGCUUCAACUUGGUGGUCUCGUCGGUUCCCUAUCUGCGGGUAUCCUUGGAGAGGUCUUCUCGAGAAAGUAUACCAUGUUCAUGGCCGAUUCUUUACUGGUGUUGGCGUUGGAACAUUCAGCGGUGUUGGGUAAAGAAUAUCUAAGUCUGGGCAUGAUGAUCGCCUUCUGGGUGGGCUACGGUAGCAAUCUGCACAUGGGCGGCACUGGCUCAACGCAAUCGAAUCUAGCCUGGCAGCUCCCAUCAAUCAUUCAAGGAAUACCUGCUGCCCUUCUUCUGCUUGGGAUCUGGUUUCUGCCGUUCUCUCCGCGUUGGCUGGCCAAGAGAGGUCGAGACGAAGAAGCAAGAGAAACCCUCGCGUAUAUCCGCAACCUUCCUGUUGACCACCCCAUGAUAGACUUGGAACACAAAGAGAUCAAGGCUGAGACGCUUUUCGAACAGCGCGCAUUUGCUAAAGCCUUUCCCGGGCUGGCGGAGAAGGAGAAACAAAGCGUCGUCAUGCGCGAGCUGGCGCAGUACUGGCAUAUCCUACGCAAGUGGGACGCGUUUAAGCGCGUUGCAACAGCGUGGCUUGUCAUGUUUUUCCAGCAGUGGUCUGGCAUUGACGCUAUCCUCUACUAUGCCUCGAAUGUGUUUCAGGAUCUGGGUCUCACUGGCGGAACAACCGCACUGCUGGCAACCGGAGUCACUGGAGUCGUCUUUCUCGUGUUUACCAUGCCUGGUAUGCUUCUUAUUGACAAGGCCGGCAGGAAACCCAUGUUGAUUGCCGGGUCCGUGGCUAUGUGGAUCUUCAUGGUCAUCGUCGCCAUCCUAGUCGCCAAGUUCAGACACGACUGGCCCGGUCAUCCCGUCGCAGGUUGGGUGGCUGUAGUUUGCGUUUGGCUUUAUGUAGGCGCGUUCGGCGCUACAUGGGGCCCUGUUAGUUGGACACUAGUCUCUGAAAUUUUCCCUCUCUCAAUUCGCUCCAAGGGUGCGGCAUUCGGGGCAUCUAGUAACUGGCUCAACAACUUCGCCGUUGCAUUCUACACCCCCGAAAUGUUCAAUAUGUGGGCAUUUGGAACGUACAUCUGGUUUGCAGGCUUCUUGACUGUUGGUAUCUUCUGGGUCUGGUUCUUCCUGCCCGAGACCAAGGGCGCUACGUUAGAGGAGAUGGAUCGAGUCUUCAAGAGCCGCACUGGAGCAGAGGACGCAGCUAUGCUCGCACAGGCUCGCGCCGACGUCGGACUCGAUCAUCAUGUCGUGCAGAUGGCCGAGAAGGCCGCGAUGGGCAGCGUGCAUGUGGAUGAUGGAAGGUUCUCGCAGGAAGAGAGGGCUUAA